CCAGCGCCGUGCGUAGGGUCUUUUGUUUUAUGAGUUAAUAAGCAAAGCAGGUAGAAGCUCCUUGUAGUUCUUGUUCUCGCCCCUUGGUCCUCGUGUUCGUGAAGUAGAAGACUUAUCAUAAUCAGAGUUAAAUCCCACUGGUUCCACACAGAAAAUGUCUGACAACAACGCCAGCCGCAUGAGCAGCGACCUCAAUGCCGCGUUCGCGGCGUUGUCCGUAGGACAGGGAGCCCAUUGCGCCUACACCCGCGUCAGCAUUCGUACUACAAUUCUACCUCCUAGUUUUAAUGGUCUUGUAGAAAUUCUUCAUCUUUUUUCAGGAGUUGUAUUCUUUCUUGUUCUUCGCACCACCUUUGACUUAAGAAUGAAAAAGCAGCACCUUCACCCUCUAAAUCUAAAGUACGUGUCGGAGCUCGGGAUCCAAAUGUCAUCUCUCACAGAUCCGGGAUCCGUGAAUGGAGUGCCGCCGCCGCCGCCCCCAGCUGAGAAUCUAGAAUCUAGUGCAAACAACGCGGUAAACGCAAACAACAAUAACAACAAUCUCGAUAAUAUCUCUGAGGAGGGUGCCAAUGACGCGAACCAGUUGACUAAGCAGGAUCUUUAUGAAGCUGUGCAGCGUAUCGAGGAUUCUUUCUCGAACAAAGUCGACGAAUGUUCGAAGAAUUGCCGUACUAAGUCUAAAGUUAUAGCGUGUCUGUGUGACUGAGUAUCAGUAUUGAUACGCAUAAGCGCAUGAAGUAAGUAUGAAUAUGAUUUAGCAGCACUACUAAAGCCAAAAACAAGUAUCAGCGCCAACUUUUCAAAAAGUGGCAUGCUAAUCCAUGGUCAUUGUUAGCGCUGUGCUGAGUAAAAUCUUUCAUCUGAUCCACCUUCUCCGUCGCAUCUAGGUACGAUUAUCCGAGGUGCUCUCCAAGCCGCGCUCACAGCUACCCGCUAUGAAGCAAGUAUUUAGAUUUUUAUAAUUGAUUUGGUUUCGAUUUUUUACCAAUCUUGAAGGUAGAAGUAGAUGGUGAUGAAGUAUUCUUCCGUUUAUGAUUAAGAUUAUGAGACGUGGCUAAGGAAAGACGGCGCUAGACCUUACCCAGCCUUCAUUCACCCAGCCCCACCUCUAAUCACGCGAAAAGCGACCCCGCCAGCCGCGUGCUAAGGCUAAGCAGGCUGCGGCUGCGCAGUCGCCAGCACCGUCAGCAGCCCCGUCGGUGGAGCAACCAGCACAGCACAUGCAAAUGAUGUCGCCUUUGGGAUCUGAGAGCUUCGGUGGUUUGGACAUCAACCUGUGCAACAACGGGACACCACGUCCUCGCCCUCUCGUGAGUAUCCUCCAACAGCGACAGCAACAGGCUCAGCUCAUGGGGCCGCACACUCCGAUCGUGGAGAAGGACAAGGAGAACGAUGCUGAGGUGGUCUCGACGUUGGUCUCAGCCUCAGACAAGAACUGCGUGGCCUCCUCCUCCUCCUCUUCCUCCUCCUCGUCCUCCAAGGACAGCAGCAAGCGCAACCAACAGCCAGCAGAGGGCGUGGUCAAAGAGGAGCAGCUGGGUACGUUGUUGUCUACCCAGGUCAAGGAAGAGCCGUCUGAUCACUCUGAUGAUGGUGCCUGCAACUCUUUUCCAAUUUCUUUAUGUUUCCAUUUAUAAUUAUGACUCAGAGAGCAUGCAGGGGUUGGGGAGUAACAAGAUCAGGGGUCUUAUGAUUUUGCUUCACAUUCUGAGGACUCUGAACUGAUCAAUUUCACAGCAACUCAAUCAAUCUCAUAACCAAAUAAAAACCCUCAAUCAAUCUCACAACGAACUACAACUCAUCCCCAUACAGGAGUCGAUAUGGAGCAACAGCGCAAGCGAUCCCGCACGGAGUGAAUAA